AUGUGUCAGGACAUAUUUCUAGCAGGAGUAAACACAAGCGCCGUGACUCUGUCCUGGGCGAUGACAGAGCUGAUCCGAAACCCGAGAGUGAUGAAGAAAGUACAAGACGAGAUUCGGACAUCGCUCGGGGACAAGAAGGAGAGAGUCACAGAAGAUGAUCUCACUCAGCUUCACUACUUGAAGCUCGUGGUCAAGGAGACAUUCAGAUUACACCCAGCAGCUCCACUUUUGCUCCCAAGAGAGACAAUGUCUGACAUCAAGAUCCAAGGCUACGACAUUCCCGCUAAAACCCAGAUGAUCAUCAACAUCUACUCGAUCGCACGCGAUCCAAAACUCUGGAUAGACCCAGAUGAGUUUAAUCCUGAAAGGUUUCUCGACAGCUCCAUAGAUUACAAAGGACUAAACUUUGAGCUUUUACCGUUUGGUUCUGGCCGGAGAAUCUGUCCGGGGAUGAUGAUGGGAAUCGCCAACGUGGAAAUGGGACUAGACUGGGCAUAG